GUACCAUCUGGCAGUUCAACUCGAAAUCGGAGUCGAGUGGUCGCGCCAACGGCGCACACCACAUUCGUAAUAUACUUACUCGAUAUUUUUGAUGAAUUUAUUAUUUUUAAUGAUAGACAUGUUGUGACAGUGGACUUUAAGUCUUAUAUUGAGCGCAGUUAAGUUGAAUUUGUGCCGAGAUUGUGCGUUCGCAUGUUCUAUAUUUACAUCGGUUCACGUAAAAAAUGGAAGCGAAAGAAGAACUGAAUAAGAAGGAGCACCCUGACGACGAUGUCCUGGAGAAGGUGCUCCACCACGUGGGCUCGAUGGGCCGGUACCAGCGCUGGUUGUUCGCGGCCAUGCUGCCCUUCGGGGUCAUAUUCGCGUUCGUGUACUUUGUGCAGAUGUUUGUGGCUGCCACGCCGCAGCGCCACUGGUGCAAGGUCCCCGAGUUACAACAUUUGGACAUGGAGAUCAGGCGGAACCUGAGCGUGCCGCCUUCUCGCGCGGGUGAAGAAUUCGAAUGGGACCGCUGCAGGACGUACGAAGCUAACUGGAGUCAUGUCUUGCUGACAAUGCAGCCUCCAGAUCGUGGAACACCGACUGUUCCGUGCCAGAAUGGCUGGGAGUUCGAACUUAGUGAUAUUCCCUACCAGACCGUAGUCAGUGAGCGAGGCUGGGUUUGCGACUCCGCCAGCGCGGGCCCCACUGCGCAAGCGAUCUUCUUCGUGGGCUCCUUCGUGGGGGGGCUGCUGUUCGGCUGGCUCGCGGACAACUUCGGACGAGUGCCCGCCUUGGUUGGUACGAACCUCAUCGGGUUUGUGGGCGGGAUAGCCAGCAUCUUCACUAGCGGUUUGUGGGACUUUGCCCUGGCGCGGUUUUUGGUCGGCAUGUCUUAUGACAGCUGCUUCAUGAUGAUGUACAUAUUAGUACUAGAAUACGUGGGUCCUCAACAUCGCACAUGGGUGGCCAACAUGUCCAUCGCCCUCUUCUUCGGGUCGGGCUGUCUGGUGCUGCCGUGGCUGGCGGUGUGGCUGGCGGACUGGAGGACCCUGCUCGUGGUGACGUCACUGCCCAUGCUGUGCGCGCUGCUCGUGCCUUUCCUAGUACCUGAGAGUGCGAGAUGGCUGUCAUCCCGCGGCCGCAUCACCCAGGCCGUGGAGGUUGUGCGGCGUUUCGAGCGGGUCAACGGGACCAAGGUGCCGCAGGAUGUCAUCGACGAGUUUAUCGUAUCUUCUCGUCAAACACGGCAAACGAAUGAAUCUCUUCUCGCCGUGUUUCGAAGUCCGCCUCUCCGGAACGCCAUGAUUUUCAUGGUGAUAGUGUACAUGUCUUGUGCCAUCAUCUUCGACGGCCUGGUGCGCAUGUCUGAAGGCCUGGGCUUAGACUUCUUCAUAACAUUCACUCUGACUUCCGCUACGGAAAUACCUUCAGUGACUUUACUUGCUUUAGUUUUAGAUAGAUGGGGUCGUAGAAUGCUGACUUGCGGCCCUAUGCUGACCGCUGGUAUACUAACGUUGACUGCUGCCUUUGUUCCCAGAGGCAUACCCCAGGUGACACUGGCCAUAAUGGCGCGGUUCUGCAUCAACAUGUCGUACAACGCGGCCAUCCAGUGGAGCACUGAGCUGUUGCCGACCGCGGUGCGCGCGUCCGGCUCCUCGCUCAUACACGUCAGCGGAUAUGUCGCCACCAUAAUGUCACCAUAUGUUGUUUAUUCCCAACUCAUCUGGAGUUCGCUGCCGCUGGUGAUCCUGGGCGCGACGUCGUUCGCGGCGGCGGCGUGCGGCGCGCUGCUGCCGGAGACGCGCGGGCGCCGCAUGCCGCAGAGCGUGGCGGACGGCGAGCGACUCGUGCGCGACUUCUCUCUCUGCGGUUACAAGAAGCCGGCGAAAGAAGACACUGAGAUGUGGCAGAAGAAUGGCAACGACAAAUCUCUUAUCACGUAGCGAAUUCCACAUAAUAUAGUGACACAUAACCAGGGCAUAUUCCACAGGUUUUUAUAUUACGAGAUUUAGUUACUAAAUCUGUGGCAUACUCCCUGUUACUGGCAGAGUUAUGAACGACCUAGAGACUGUAUUCUAUAUGUAUAUUAUUCUCAAACUGUGUUGAGUCGGUUUAUAUUUUCAAAUUGCUCCUUUUAUAUAUUACAAUACGCAUGUAAAUAACACAUACUUAAAAUAAAAUUUAAAUGAACAUUUGAGUUAAUAGACACUUUAUACUUGCGAUUGAGGUGUUGAAACAUACAAAAGAUACGUUUAGUUUUUUGAUCUUGCCUAAUAAAAUGUGACUUUUCACAAUUAAGGUACCUAUGGAGGGCCUAACUAUAAGACGCACUAUGCGCUUCUAGGUAUAACAAAAUGAGCGAAUGAAACAUCUUGUGCGACUGACUUCAAUGAGAUACCUUUUCUCGUGGAUAAUAAUUAGUACCAUAUGUGGAUAGUAAAAAUAAAUUAUUUUAGAUAAAGCAAAUUGUUAGCUACUUACGUUACAAGUACAGAAACUAAUGAAUUAAGAAACUAUAUAUGAAUUAGUUUUGUACGUAGGUAUUUUAUUAUAUUUUUCUUCUAAAAUGACAAUAUUUUUGUUACAUAAGAAAUGAACACGUUUCCAAGGACAUGGGCGUACUCAGUUGAACACCUAAGUACUACUUAAUAUUUAGGUGUUCAACUGAAUUGCGUUGACUAAUGUUUAAAUCUGACUCAAUUAAAUAAUUAUUUGCAAUAAAUAGAUUUGCUCAGUGAUGGAUAUUUUGGUGCUAUGCUAUGUUAAGAGAUAAUAUUAAAUUAUCUGUAUUUACAGAUAAUUUUAGUAGUACUCGUAGGUAAGUAAUUUAAUGUUAAUUUUCUCAUAAGCUGAUGAAUUAUAUGCACCACAGAUAAAAGAAAAAUAUAUGAUAUGCAUCAACUUGGUAUGUUUUAACCAUGGAAUUAGUAAGUUCUUUUGUACGGAGUAC